AUGGUGACGUGCGGCCAAGGGGACCCGUUAUCUCCUCUCCUGUUUAACUUCAUCGGCGAGGCUCUGUCAGGUAUCCUCUCUGCCGCGGGGGCAGCAGGCCACCUUCAGGGUGUGGUACCCCACCUGAUCCCUGGCGGGAUUUCACACCUCCAGUAUGCGGAUGAUACGCUCAUCCUUAUCCAAAACACGGAAGACAACAUAGCCAACCUCAAAUUCUUGCUUAUGUGCUUCGAAGACAUGUCCGCCUUGAAAAUCAACUAUCAUAAGAGUGAAGUCAUUGUUAUGGGCCAGCCUUUGGAGGAACAGCAAAGAGUCGCAAAUAAGCUUAACUGUAAAUGCGGCGCCUUCCCUUUCAUGUAUCUUGGGCUCCCUAUCUCGGACAGGAAGCUCCGUCUGGAACAAUGGUUGUUCUUGGUCCGCAAGCUGGCCGGCAUGAUUGAACCGUGGCUCAGUAAACUUCUCACCUCUGGGGGACGCCUGAUCCUGUCCAACGCGUGCCUUGAUAGUAUUCCCAUUUUUGCCAUGGGUCUCUUCCUUCUUCAUGAUGGGAUUCAUGCUAGAUUUGACUCACACCGCUCCAAAUUCUUCUGGGAAGGAGCGGGCAACAAACGUAAAUACCAUAUGGUCAACUGGCCCUCGGUCUGCCGGCCGAAAUCCGCGGGAGGAUUAGGCUUGCUUAACUCAAAAAAGAUGAACAUAGCUCUGCUGUCCAAGUGGAUUUGGAAGCUGUAUCAAGAUGAGGCUUCUAUCUGGGCGACGAUUAUCAGGGCCAAAUACCGCGACGCCGAUAACCUGUUCGAGGGCACCGGACACGGGGCUCGCAAUUUUGGAAAAGCCUACACAAAAUUAAACACUUCUUCAAGCUGGGUGCGAAACACGUCAUUGGGGAUGGACGUCGCACUUUGUUUUGGUCUGACCGGUGGUGCGGUAACCAACCCAUCAAAGAGCUGUUCCCAGCACCUCUUCAACAUCUGCUCUAACCCAAACCUCACGGUGGCUGCGGCCCUAGAUGCCGGGGACAUCAAUAUCACCUUCCGCCGCUCUCUCAAUCUGGAAGGACGGCGGCAAUGGAGCGAUCUGGGGAGGCUCAUUGAACCCUUCUCCCUUUCGAGUGACAAAGACAAAGUAUCUUGGCAUUUAGAACCUUCGGGCAAGUUCUCCGUUCAAUCUUUGUAUGCCAAACUGUCGCAAGGGGCUUCGGUUGCUUUCCACAAGGACGUCUGGUCAGCCAAAGUCCCUCUGAAGAUUAAAAUUUUCGCUUGGCAGCUCAUCCUCGACAGACUACCCUCCAGCAAGCAAAUCGCGACGCGCCACGGCCCCGCCUCGGGUAACUGCGCCCUCUGUGGCCAAUUGGAAGAUGCGGGCCAUAUUUUCUUCGCUUGCUCUAUUGCAAAAUUCGCCUGGAGUGCAAUUCGUGAGAUCCUCGACUGUAACUGGAACCCUGGAAACUUCCCACAGUUCCAUGCUAUUCUUUUCUUUUGUUUUAACUUUUUAUCAGUGCCAGAUAGAAACCAUAUUACUUGGUGCGCACACACUGCAAUGGUCAUGGUCUCUACUCGCAGCAGCUUCGGAUCGCUUCCUAAUGAGCAAUCAGCUAGCACAAGUGAAGGAAAUCUUCUGCUAACUGGAGCGAAAGGAACAAACCAGCUGGUAGCAGACCACCUGGAUACACCUCCAGUUAUUCUGUCAGCUGCAACCUCUUUGCCUCUGACAAACUCUGCUCCACCCAGGAAUAUGUCCCUAUCAACCAUGGUAGUGAACGCUUCCACAGGUAUGAUGAACUCCCUACUUGGGAAGCUCACUACCCUGAUGGGGGACGAGUAUCGGAAGCUCAAAGGCGUGCGCAAUAAGGUUGUGUCCCUUCAUGAAGAGUUCAGUAGCAUGAACGCUCUUCUUGUAAAGCUGGCAGGAAUGGAUGAGCUUGAUGUUCAGGCUAAGGUGUGGAGAGACCAAGUGAGGGAGAUGUCCUAUGAUAUUGAAGACUGCAUCGAUGACUUCAUGCAUGACCUUGAAGUAAAAGGUGCAACCACUGGGUUUCUCAAGAAGACGGCUGAGCGCUUUAAGAAGCUCAAGGUGCGUUAUCAAAUCGCCAACAAGAUCAACGGGAUUGAGGCUCGUGUACUUCAAGUGCAUGAGCGGCGCAUAAGGUACAAGCUUGAUGAGUACAACCCUACGACCAGUAUUGUCCAUAUUGAUCCACGAGCACUCGCUAUUUUUGUGGAUGCGGCUGGUCUCGUGGGUAUUGACACCCCCAGAGAUGAGCUUGUUGUGUUGUUGAUGGAUCAAGGUCAAGAGCUGAAGGUGGCUUCUAUUGUGGGAUUUGGAGGUCUCGGAAAAACCACCCUUGCCAAUGAAGUGUGCCGUGAGAUCAAAGGGAAGUUUACCUGUCAUGCAUUUGUAUCAGUAUCUCUAAAGCCUGAUUUUUUAAGGCUUCUCCAGAAUUUAUUAUUGAAGUUUACGAGACAACAAUCGUCUCAAAGUAGCAGCUUGGAUGAUGUGAUUACAAAUAUCAGAGAGUAUUUAUUGAAUGAGAGGUACUUUAUUGUAAUUGAUGAUUUAUGGGAUACAUUAGCAUGGGAUGUUAUUAAAUGUGCUUUUCCAGAAAAUAAUCAUGGCAGUAGAGUGCUAACAACUACCCGGAUUUAUUCUGUUGCUGCUGCUUGUUGCUCUAAAGGCAGAGGAUGUGUUUUCAAGAUGAAAUCUCUUAAUGAGCAUGAUUCAAGAAGAAUGUUUUUUAGCAGAAUAUUCGGUUCAGAAGAUUCCUACCCUACUGAAUUUGUAGACGUUGCAAUGGAUAUUCUGAAAAAAUGUGGUGGUCUGCCACUUGCUAUCAUCAGUAUAUCAAGCCUUCUGGCUGAUCAACCAAAGCCAACAUUUGAGUAUGUAAGGAAGUCUCUCGGAUGCAUGUUUGGCGGAAAUCCUACUCUUGAUCAGAUGAGACAAAUUUUGGAGCUUAGCUUCAGAAACCUUCCUAACCAUCUUAAGACAUGUUUGCUCUAUCUUGGUAUGUAUCCAGAGGACCACGAGAUAUGGAGGUUUGAUUUGUUGAGGCUAUGGAUAGCAGAAGGUUUCGUGUGUCCAACCCCUGGGUUCGAUGCAGAGGAUGUUGCAAUAAGCUACUUCAAUGAGCUUAUUAAUAGGAGUAUGAUCCAGCCUGUGUAUACCAACAAUGGUGGAGAGGUGUUGAGCUGCAGAGUACAUGAUAUAAUGCUAGAUGUCAUCAGAUUCAAGAUUGAAGAAGAUAAUUUCAUUUCGGUGCUAAAUGACCUGGAAGCUGUGUUAGGGAUACACAGAAAUAUCCGGAGAGCUUCACUCCAAUGCUCUGGUGAAGAGUGCAGACUGACAUCGGCAAUGGUCAAUGGGUCAUUAUCAAAAGUUCGAUCAGUCUAUGCUUUGGGAGGGUUUUCUUGCCAAUCUGUGAUGCUACUGAAAUAUAUCCGAGUUCUACAUCUGGAUAUGGGCUUCGACAGAAAUGAUGUGCUAGAUCUCACUGGUAUAUCUAGGUUGUUUCUAUUGAUAUGCUUAAAGGUGGUUGGCAAUACGAGGAUUGAGCUACCUAGCCAAAUUGGUGAGCUACGGCAAUUGGAAACACUUGAGCUAGCAUUAUCCAUAUCCGUCUCCAAUCUUCCAUCUGAUAUUGUUAGUUUGCCUCUGCUGUUGCAUCUCUGUGUUAGCGGACAUACAGGUUUUCCCGAUGGUAUUGGCAGAUUGGGACUUCUGCGAACUCUGCGGUUAUUUAAUUUUGAGAAGAACUCUGUGGAGACUAUCGAGGGCCUAGGCGAGAUGACCAGCCUAAGUGAGUUGGUUUUUCAAUGGACGGGAAAGGACUUGGUGGAAGGGGCAAGACAUAUGGAUGUCUUGCGCUCUUCUCUACAAAGGAUCAGCAGCAGCCUCAGGAUCCUUGAAAUGCUUCAUGGUAAUUGGGGUUCUGGGGAAUUGGAUGGUUGGACCACAUUUUCCCCUCCACCUAUCCAUCUUCGAGAGAUGUGGAUGUUGGGCUGCGUGUUUUCGAUGAUUCCCAAGUGGUUUGGUCAUCUCCGUGACCUCCAAAGCUUGAAUUUCAAGGUCAGGGGGGCAGGGUUGAAGGAUGAUGGUGUUGCUAUUCUUGCAGGGUUGCCAUCACUUGUCUUUCUCAAGCUGCACUCGGAAGAACAUCUCGAAGAAAGGGUGCGUAUCCCUGGCAGCGGCAUGGCAUUCCGAGCUCUCAAAGAGUUUCACAUCCGUUGUCGUCACCCGUUGCUGACUUUCGAAGCGGGUGCUAUGCCUAUGCUCAAGAGGCUUUAUCUGAAUUGCGAGAGUGGUGGGCCUGUGGAGGCUCCACUAGAUGGCAUUGAGCACUUGCCAGAUGGCCUCAGAGUAAUCGAUAUAGCCAUCAGCGGCGAAAGAGAUGAGGUUAGAGAGGCUCUGAAGUCUUCGUUGAAAAACGCGUUUGAGGAGCAUCAUCCCAGCGCUGCCUUGAAGAUCCAGCAUUGGGUCGCCUUCGUCGUCCUCGAGGUCGAAGAUGCAUGGUGCGCGUCUAACGCCACAAGAUCGACGUCCUGUCUUGGAACCGUCGGUGUUCUGGGACGAUUCAGAAGUGGGCUGGACGGCGGUUGCACGGCGGCGAGGUUCAACGGUAAGAUCUACAGCAUUUUCAACGGUAAGUUUUUUGGACCCGAAAUUUCUGCUAAUCGAAUCAAACUCUCGAACAACUGGUUCGGAGAGGAAGACAACGUCUGA